GCUAUUCCUCCACUUUUGCGCCACUACCACAACGUCACGGCUGAGCCAAUCAACAACACCUAAAUACCAACAACUAAACGCCAUCCACAGAUAAAACUCUACCCAAAAUGCCUCCAAUGGCGCCCGAUGCACCUUCUCAAAAGCCAGCAGAGCCAAUCUUGCAUUCGUUUCCAUCAGGAGACGAUUUAUCACAAGCAUUGGCAGAUUUCGUGAUCAAAGCGCAAAAUGAAGCAAUCGAUCGUAGAAAUAAGUUCACUUUAGCAACUUCAGGUGGAAGUUUACCAAAGAUCCUAGCUAAAUUUUUGGUCAAUCGAUCGGAUGAUGCUGUCCGUUGGGAUAAAUGGCAAAUCUUCUUUGCUGAUGAACGUUUGGUUCCUUUGGAUCACGAAGAUUCAAAUUAUUCUCUUUGCGAAAAGGAGUUCUUCUCUAAAACCCCUUUAAAGCCUGCUCAGAUUCACAAAAUCGAUGAGAAAUUAUUGGAUGAUGCAGAAGAGUUGAGCGACGAAUACGAAAAGCAAUUGGCAGAAGCAUUCGCAGGAAAGGAAUCCGUCAGACUUCCCGUCUUUGAUUUGAUCUUGUUGGGUAUGGGACCAGACGGACAUACAUGCUCCCUCUUCCCAGGUCAUGAAUUGUUGAAAGAACGUAGCCGAUGGGUUGCACCAAUCGAAGAUUCACCAAAGCCACCACCAAGAAGAAUCACACUCACUCUUCCUGUUUUGAACAAGGCACACAGAAUCGCAUUCUGCUUGACCGGUGAAGGCAAACAAGAAAUGUUAUCAAAAGCAUUGGAUCAACCCGAAUUGGGUCUUCCAGCCAGCCUCGUUCGUCCAACUCCACCAGGAGAUGUUUAUUUCCUAACCGAUGACGCUGCCAGCAAGACGGUCAAAUAUCCCAGAACAGAAUUCAAGUUGUAAGAAAGUGCGAAAG